GCUUGCCUAUCUUUUUUCGCACGAAUAAGCUAGUUUCGUAAGGAAUGAAAUUUAAUUGUGCUCGUUCACUGACCUCUUUUUCGUAAAAAGAUGCAAAUUAUUAUAUCUGAACGACGGGAAAAAAAAGAAUAUUUAUGUUUUUGUGUUAUAUGUAAAGGAAAACGCCAAGGAUAAAUUUUGUGUCAUAAAAGAAGUUAUAGAUAUUUUCAUUUAAAAAUUAUUUAUUGUCUUUGUUAAUAUUAUACCAGUGUAGGAUCUUUCUUAAUGUUUAGAUGAGUUACAUGUAGGAACUUUUAAAAAGUAAUUUAAAAGAUGGGUUUCUGCCCGAGGGGGGAUACCGUAGUGAAUCCUGUCAUAAAGUAUAUACUCCUUGUGGGAACAUUUUUACAUUGGGCAUGUGGUGGUACCAUGGUUGGUGUAGGUAUAUGGGCCUUUGUGGAGAAGAACAAGUUCUUUUAUCAACCAAUUCAGGACAUUUAUGACAUCAUAUUUGACCUGUCAAUCAUUCUUAUGGUGGCUGGAGGCAUAAUGUUCAUCAUCACAAUGUGUGGGUUUGUCGGAGCACUGAGAGAGAAUACGUGUCUGCUCAAAUUUUUUUACAUAACAUUGAUGUUCAUAUUUCUACUGGAAGUUGUUGCAGGUAUAUUAGCAUUUGCAUUCAAGGACAAGGUCAUUGACACGUUGAGUGGCGUACUCAAAGAAGUGUACAUAGAGGGUUACCAAAACGACGAGGAGGCUGUCAUGGACUUCUUUCAGGAAAAUUUUGAUUGCUGUGGUGUGAAGAGCUAUGAGGAUUGGAACAUAAAUGAAUAUUACAACUGUUCUGAGGCAAAUCCAAGUGCACUUAAAUGUGCCGUACCAUAUUCAUGCUGUAAAGAUCCGGAUGAACUAACGCCCGGUUUGAACAAUAUUCUCUGCGGUGGAAAUGCGUUGUAUUCGAAUUACACAGAUUUUAAAGUAUGGACAUCAGGUUGUGUUGACAGAGUUAUGUACAUCGCAGAAAAGAAUCUACCAAUUAUAGGAGCUGUAGCUAUUGCUAUUGCUGUCCCGCAGAUAAUAGGAAUCGUUCUUGGAUAUAUAUUUGUGGGCCAGAUAGAACAUCAGCGGGUCAGAUAUAAAGCUUACAUGAACCGGAGAAGAUACCGUGAUGAAUGGGAUGAAAGAGACCGACAUAGAUAUUAAUAAGUUGAUACAGACAGCAAAAGCAUAUCAAACGGCAUUGUGAUAAAGUUUACACAAGUUUUCCCACACACUCAAGACCAGACAAGGCAAACAUUUGACAUUAGCAUUUCAAAUGGUUAAUGACGGAGUUAGCAGAUAAUGUUCUAUGAAAAUGUAAUU